UGCUUUUAUGGGCCACAAAGUCAUGCGAAUGACCGGAUUUGGCCGCUCAGCCUUAAGUUUGACACCACACUAAAAUUGUUAAAUUUAAUUGCUGAUGGUCACUGAAUACAGAAAAGAAAUGUAACACAUCUCACCAAUUGCUUUCGUAAUAUUGUUUUACUGCAAAAAGACUGGCUAGGCUGUGUUUCAAGCAGGUGUGUGUGCAAGUGAAGGUGUGGCCUACAUGUGAAGACGCUCAGUGCUCAGGGAGGCUUGAUGAAGACGAUCCCCGCAAUGCUACGCUUUUGCUAGUCAAGUUCCACUUCCAAAACGGGCGCCAUGCCGACCAUGUGGCAGCUCCUUCAAGUUGCCACAUUCUUCUUCUACCUCGUGCCGUCUGGACUGUGCGGCAACCUGCGCUGUUUCUUCAGGCCCAUCCUGGAGAAGGAUUACAAAUUGGAUCCCAUCGUGACCGAGUGCCCGCCGGAGGAGGUGUGCUUCAAAGCUGAGGGUCGCUUCGGCAACUUCAGCGCUCUGUCGGCAAAGGGCUGCCUGCCGAAGAGCGUCUGCAGCCUAGAGCAUGACCUCUCGUACAAAGGGGUCAUGUACAAGAUGCGCUAUGCUUGCUGCGAUCGGCCAUAUUGCAAUUCCUGCACAGGUCUCGUCGCCAACACCUUCGUCGUCACCGUAACACUUGUGACUGUUGCUGUGAUGGUUGGGAGCUGAGGUGGAGCGAACGGACAUUUUUAGCACCGACUACCUGAAGACACUGAACUUUAAAUUUUCAAGUUUUUUUUUUAUUAUUAUUUAAUUAUUUUAGCAAAACUGUUUUGAGAAUAUUAGCAUUUCCAGGGAAUGAAAGUUUAAUAAACCAUGGUUUGUUUCACAAAGUGCCACACAUUUGAAAAAUCAGUCAGCUCAAUGAAAAUCAUAAUGGUGAAAAGUUGUAGUCACCUGAUAAACUAACAUUUAUCUUCUA